AUGAAAAAUCAGAAGAAGCCGCGCAAGCACAGGCUAAAGAAUCCGAUCGUCUGCUGGGACAAUAUUAAACCUCCGGAAGAAAUGGUUCAGGUAUUCAAAUUCGGACCUAUGUUUGCUCCGAAGCCCUCGAAGAUCUCAGCGCAUACCAUCAUUCCGAACAUCGAAAGGCUGCUUGUGCCAAUUAAGGCUCAACAUAAGGAUUUCUUUAGGUGGAACACAGCUCUCAGCAAAAGAAUCAAGCAAACAGACAACAAGGAUAAUGAAUUCUGGACAAAUGUAAGCAAAAGUAAAGAAUGGCUCCAAACUAACAAAAUAACCCUUACAAGAGCAGACAAAAGCAGAAACGUUGUUCUUAUGAAGAAACAUACAUACACUAAGUUGCUCGAAGAAUACAUCAGUUCUACAGAAUGCCGAACAAUAGAUGAAGGAUAUUUAGACAAGCUCCAAAAUAGGGUUUCCAGGUUCACCAACUCAGCAUUAGCUAAACACCUGCAUCUAAGGAACGCGACCAUGCAAUCACCCGAGAUACCAAGGCUAUUCGGCUAUGCUAAAACCCAUAAACCAGGCACGCAAAUCCGGCCGAUUGUUGACAAAUCAAGAUCUCCAACCCUACCUAUUGAGAAGGGUCUACAUGAGCUCCUUAAAGGCCAUUUGAAAGAUUAUAACUACGCCGUUUCGAACACGCGGGAACUCAUCACUAAAUUGCAGAAUAUCGCUCUGAAGGAUCAGGAAUUUAUUACAGUUCUCGACUUUGAAGCUAUGUAUCCUUCCAUUAAAUUGGAACCGUGCUUCUGUGCCCUUAGAGAUUUCCUUUUCCAAGCCUCUCCACCUGGAUACCACAAGCAGGUGUUGGAGCUGGCCCACCUUAUGUGCUACACCUCAUUCUUCACCUUCAACCAACGAAUCUAUCUUCAAGAAAGGGGAGUACCUAUGGGUAGCCCCCUCUCUGGAGACCUCUGCGAAUUAAUUGUAAGAAAACUGGAUAACCAAGUAUUACAGUCCUUCAACGCGGAAAUCGUUCUCUAUACGCGCUAUGUUGAUGACAUUCUUAUCAUUUGGAAGUCCAAGCCGGAUCUGAACACCGUUCUUCAGAUUACUACAGGUUCACUUGGCACUAGCAACACAAAUAGACAAGCAAAUCAAGUUGAUAAACAAGUUGUUUAG